GACCGUGUGCACUAAUAGCUAAACACACACACACACACACACCACAGGAGUGACGGCUGGAGAACUCCACAGGGACAAUGAGCAGCAUGGCGAGAGAGAUCAUGGCGUUCGUGCUCACCACGUCAGGCUGGGUGCUGGUGUCCUCCACUUUACCCACGGACUACUGGAAGGUGUCUUCGAUCGACGGCACGGUGAUCACCACAGCCACCUUCUGGUCCAACCUGUGGAAAACCUGCGUGACUGACUCGACUGGCAUCUCCAACUGCAAAGACUUCCCUUCGAUGCUGGCGCUGGACGGUUAUAUCCAGGUGUGUCGGGGUCUGAUGAUCGCUGCUGUCUGUCUGGGCUUCUUUGGAUCGGUCUUUGCUCUGGUCGGCAUGAAGUGCACUAAGGUCGGUGGUCUUGACCAAACCAAGGCCAGAAUCGUCUCCUUUGCUGGGUUCAACUUUGUUUGUACUGGUCUGUGUUCUCUGACCGCCUGCUCCCUCUACGCUCACAGGAUCACCUCGGAGUUUUUCGAUCCUAUGUAUGUUGCGCAAAAGUAUGAACUGGGCGCUGCGCUGUUCAUCGGCUGGGCGGGCUCGACGCUGUGUAUCCUGGGCGGUGGGGUGUUCUGCCUCUCGCUGACUGAAGGCAUGAGCAGCAGCAGUUCGCCGUAUCAGUCGGACAGAAAGACUUUCGUCAAAAGCGGAGUCGCUCUAAUGUCUCCGCAGAGUCAGACGUCUCACGCCAGGAGACCUCCGCCAGACUGCAUCAGCUCUUCACAACAGUUCGACAAGAACGCUUACGUAUAACACACAGUCAUAUCUCAUCGGGUUCUGUCGCUCUUUUAUUGGCCGCCACAUGUUGUGUACAGAUCCUGUAUUUAAGAUUGGGUUGUUAUAGCCUCUAAAGCGUAUCUACUGCAGAAUGUUUGUGUUUAUGUUUACGCAGCACAGCAUGAGAUCAUCUCUCCAUAGUUGUGUUGUACUCCACCAGUUCGGGUGAUUAUUCAUGUCUGGCAUCAGUAUCUAUCCAGACAGAAUCAUGUUUCAGGAGAUUUGAGUUUCAAUAUUGUCUGGAGAUUGGAUUGCCUGUUUUGCCAAGCCUCAAUUAUUAAUGUGAUUUAAGAAAAAUGUUUUUGAUGUUUAAUUAAGAAUCAAUAUAAUGUUGUUAUAAAUGUUGCUUAUUGUUGGGUUGAUACAAUUGUGCAUAAUAUCUGUGUGAAUAUAUUUGCUAAAUGUGACCCUGGACCACAAACCCAGUCUCGAGUCGCACGGGUGUAUCUGUGGAAAUAGCCAACAAUACAUGGGUCACAAUUAUAUGUUU